CUAGAGGGAGAAAGCCAACCAGCCGGGGGUCGCAGCGCCAUGGACCUGGUCAUCACGCAGGAGUUGGCCCACGCCGAGAGCCAGCAAGAUGCUGCCUCCCUGCAGAGGGCCUACCAGCUGAUCAAGUCGGCCAACCUGGGGAAAUCCGAGUUUGACCCCACAGAAAGCUUCAGCCCUGACCUGUUUGUUCUGUGUGCGGAACAGGCCCUGAAGAUGGGGCAGCCGGACGUGAGCGAGGACUGCAUCCAGAUGUACUUCAAGGCCAAGGGGCCGGUCACCCAGUUCCUGGGCCGAGCGCACCUGUGCCGGGCCCAGCUCUGCGCCCCCAAGUCCACCGAAAACCUGGAGGAGUUUGAAAAUUGUGUGACUCAGUAUAUGAAAGCAAUAAACUUCGCGAAAGGAGAACCCAGGUAUCACUUCCUGGUAUAUAACGCAUCUGUCCUCUACUGGCAAAUGGUGAGGCCGUUUCUCAAGCCGGGAUAUCAUCACCAUCUGAUCUCCAGCCUCUCCCAGAUCGUAAACGUGUUAAACCAAACCGAGGAGGAAGACAAGGAGUGGCAGGCAGAGCUGAUGCUGGAGCUUCUGGAGUGUUAUCUACAAGCUGGAAAAAAGGAGGAGGCCGCGAAGUUUUGUGCCACCGCAGCGCCCUUUAUAAAAGCUAACGUGCCCCGGAAAUACCGACACAUCUUUUCUGUUAUGGUGCGCCAUGAGUUACUGGAUGAGCUUCAGUUAAAGGAAGAAAAGAGAACCUCCAUAAGCCUGUCUGUCACCUACCACAUGAACGUGCUGAACGCGAAAUUGGAUAAAAAUGAGUUACCUGAAGAUGUCAACGCAAUUCUGAAGAAGACCUAUGAACACUUAAGUUAUUACAAUCACGAGCGCUUCCCUUCAAUCAGAGAGGAAAAAAUUCUUUUGCUUUUUGAACUGGCUCGUCUUUCCUUGACCUUGAAAUGUGAGCAGAUCUCCUCUGACUGCAUCUCCGACUUGAAGAAAAUUGACAGCCAAGACCCUGGGAAGCUGAUUGAAAUCAAAUGCUUGGAGUAUGAAUUAGAAGCUUUAGGACUCGAAAGUAAAGUUAAAGUCUACGUCCGAGCAGCUGUUGAGGCCCAGCUGAAUAUAGUACGGAGACUGGACAUCACGCUGCAGCGAGCCGUGCGCCUGGGCGACCCCGGGGUCAUCCACGUGGUGUGCACCACCCAGUGGAACACGUGUCUCCCUUUGCUGCAGCACAACCUGAGACACCACCUGCGGAAGCCGCUGGCCAACGUCGCGGACGUCCUGGAGAAGGUGGACAGCCUCAUGGUCCUGCUCCGCUGCCAGGUGCACAUGGAAAUGGUGCACAUCGAGGAGGACGAGGACCGGCUGGAGCCGGCCAUGUGGCACCUGCAGAAGGCCAUGCGUCUGGACGGCCUGGGCCUCUACCAGGACCAGCUCAGGACGGCCUUCAACCGGCUGUAUCUGUGCACCAGGCUGUACCAGUGCCCUGAGCGUGCCGAGGACAAGGCCGUCGUGGCCAUCGAGCAGGCCAAGAAAGCUGUCCCAAAAGACAGCGUCAGGAAGAAGCGGGCUCUCCUAGUGAACGCGGGCCUGGCCCUGGCCCCCGACACCUUCCAGAUUGUGCUCGACAGCGAGAACGAGGCCAAAGUGUCUACAGGGAAGACCAGGGGCCGGUUCAGCUUCCUGUUCGCGAAGGCACGGCACCACAUCAUCAGCGUGGACAAGGCCGCCGGGCACUUGUGGCGUCUGGGGGGCGAGAACGCCAGGGAGCGAAUACAGAUCUGGGCCGAGCUCGCCAAAGUCGCCCGGAAGCAGGGGGUGUGGGACGUUUGCCGGACAGCGUGCCGCUUCUGCCUCCUGUACGACGACGUCAGGGCGAAAAGGGCGGCGCGGCUGAAGAGAGGGAAGAAGAAGAGGGGCGGAGACAGCGCGGCCCAGGACGGCUGGGGCCACUCAGAAGUGAUGUCGCAGCGGCAGGCGUCCCCGAGCCUGCUGCGCAAGUUCGCCGAAGUGGGGUUCAUCAACGCAGAGGCCACCGUCCACCUGCUGCGCUCAGAGGGCGUGCAGCUCAAUGACCACCCCACCCCCCCGGAGGACCCGAGCCAGCACUCGGCCGGCUACACGCUCGAGUGCCCCGAGGACAACACACAGUGGGUCGUGUACCGGACCUGGAUUGAGAGUCUGUCACGGGGCGCCAUGGACAGCUGGCUGCGGUGCGCCGAGAUAGGGCGAGAGAUCCAGGAAGGCUGGAUCGUGCAGAACGCGGUGGUCUACGUCCUCAACCACAACCGCCACCUCAUCGUGGCCGGGAGGCAGAGGGAGCUCGUGGACGCCUUGGACCACCUCCUGAGCAUCGUCAAGGCCACGGGCCACAACGGAGACUUCACUCUGCUGGGGAUGCUCUGCAACACUUUGGCUCGAGGCUUGAUUAUCAACUGGAUUCCGACCCAAGUGCCGGAAAAAUCUAGAAGACCCAUGCGCCCGAACCUGUUUCACGCACCACUGGACUCAGGAGCCAGCGCUGAAGUCAGGACCGCGGUGGAGGUUUGCGAGUUCGCCCUGAACCUGAGCACCGGGACGGAGCCCGAAGAGGAGGUGCCCUUGAGCACCCAGCAGCAGCUCCUUGCCACCUGGGUGAAGGCCCGGCAGCUGCUACAGCAGCAGAUCGGGCCACGGCUGGGUGCGGACGAGCAGAGUCCCAACGAGGACGUCAACUCGGUGACCAGAGUUCUCGUUGCUCUGGAGAUGUACUCCUGCAACGGGCUGGGCCUCAUGGACUUCUCCGUGCCCCCCUUGGCCCAGGUGGUGGAAAUGGCUUCCGAGUGCAACUGGUCGGACCCCCUGGUGGAGCUGCAGACCCUGACACGACUGACCCACUUUGCCCACAUGGCCCACGACCACGAGGUCGCCAUGGCCUGCUCGCAGAAGGCCAUCCAGAUGGGCAUUAGGCUCCUGAGGAUGUUUAGCCGGGCGGAGACUCAACUGGUGGCCGAGAUGCUGAGCACCACAGCCUGCAUCCAGGGCAGGAGCACCCUGGAGAACCUGAGGGGCAGAAAGCAGCUGCGCCUGGCGGCCGCGAGGUCCUUCAUGGCGAGCGCCAGGUUCGGGGGCAUUGCGGGGAGCAGCGCCCUGGUGAUGCUGGCUGUGAGGCAGUACUGGAACGCCUGGCUCCCGCUCCUGUCCUCCGCGGCCAACAGGAGGAAAGCCAAGACUGUCGUUCAGAGGCUCAUCGGCAUCAUCAAUAAGACAGAAGCGAAGAAACAGGAAAAAGGAAAAACCCUGCUUCUGCACCAGUGGCCUACAGCGGACUUCCAAAGCGGAGGGACUCCCGAAGGGCAUUUUCUCCCAGGUGCCGAGGACGACCUGACGCUGCGCGCCGCGCUCUACGGCCUGCUCUUCCGCUGCCACGCGGACCGCGGUGACUGGGAGGGAGGCCUCAAGGUGCUGGACGAGGCUGUGCAGGUGCUGCCGAGGACAGCGCACCGCCUCCUGAUUUUCAAACACAUGGUCAUCGUGAAGGCCAAACUUGGCCAGAAUUUUACGAUGGAAAUACAGAAAUUCAAAGAUGAAAGUGAAGAUUACUUGGCACACAUGUGGCACCGUCUGGCCUUGAACUCCAGGAGUGUGCGUGGCGAGCUGACCUGCUAUCACAACGCCAUCCAAGCCUUACAGAAGCCAGAGAGUGACUGGCAAAAAGUAGAAUACAUCCUGGAAUUCAGCGAGUGGCUGUAUGACAAACAGUUUCCCAUGGAGGACGUAACUUUCCACCUGACGUGGGCGAUUCACAUCCUGCUGGCGAUGACACCUGCCAGGGACGCCCCUGAGCUGGCAGAGGAACAGCUGCCCACUCAGACAGCCCCUGAAAGUCCAGUGUCUGAGGCUGCGGGGACAGUCUCCUUGGAGAAGCUUUGGAACGUGAGGCAGCUGGAGGCGCUGGCCCGCGCCCACACCCUGCUGGCCCUGAUGGUGUCCCCGAGCGCGGCCAGCUACCAGGACUACUGCCUCAUGGCCUACACGUUCCUCAAGCGCAUCUGGCAGGUUUCUUUGUUAACAGCAGGAAGGUCAAUUUCAGAAAGCAGAAUUCUAGCAGCAACAGCUAGCUCACAUUUGCUACUGCCUAAAAAGGAGAAGGAGAAGAAGAAGGAGAAGGAGAAGGAGAAGGAGAAGGAGAAGGAGAAGGAGAAGGAGAAGGAGAAGGAGAAGGACAGAGAGAAGGGCAAAGACCCCAAGCAGCUUCCAACCGCGGUUCCUGGCAAACGGCUUGAGGACUUACCGGCCAGCACAGAGGAGUGGGCUUCCUACUCCUGCCCCGAGGAAGCGAUAUCUGUGUUUAAACAAGAUAAAAGCGACUUUACCAUCAACGCGUCAAGCAUCCAGAAGCCGACAUACAGUUUGUAUUAUCUGGACCACUUGGUCAAAGCCCUGCAGAAGAUGUCCCUUUACGAGCUCACCAUCCCAGUCCUGCAAUUGGGUGUACUAAUUGCAGCCUCCGUGGUAGACAGCAAGAGCCUCAAAGAUCUGUACCAUCUUCGACUUGCCCUAGUUUGUUCCGAUUUGAAGUUGCAAGAAGCAGCGACUUACCAUGAAGAGGUGGUCGGGCAAACAUACCUUUGUGACAUGGAGCAGGCCAGCUGCAGAAAAGAAAUCGCCUUGAGAAAGGAGAAAAACAAGGAACUGCUCUCCGAAGAAAGUCUGACGAUGGUGCCCGAGCCCGUAACUGCGGUCCAGAAAGCAGAGACAAAGCCGCUCAUAGCGAAGGAUAAGAUCUUGAAGAUAAACGGAGAGACCGGGACUGGGCUGGAGGGGACGUCCUUUCCCCUUCUGUGGACCCUCAAGGCGGAAGUUCUGCUGGAGGUGGAUCUGUACCAGCCUGCGAGGCUGCUGCUGUCGGAGGCCUACCUGGCCUUCCAGGAGCUUGAUGAUCCUUGUGCCCAAGCAAGAUGCCUGCACCUUCUAGCGCAGUUGGCGAACAAGGAAAGAAACUACGGACAAGCUAAGCAGUUGGUGCAGUGGGCGCAGCGCCUGGGGGGCAGCGAGGAGUUCUGGUACAGCUCAACCCUGACCCUGGCGGACACGCUCCUGUCCAUGGAGGGCGAAGGCAGAGAAGUGGCGGUCUGCCAGUUGUUUCAGAGACUGAUAGACACCUUCAAGCUUCUGCAAAAAGAAAGACCGAACCGAGUGCCCGUCUUGGAGUUUAUGGCCACAGACCUAGAGGCCAGGUGCGUGAGCCUCCAGAUCAAGGCCGCUCAGGAGUCAGCUGAUGGCGAACCUCCCGGAUGCUUGCUUCUGCUGAACAAAAUGGACGAUUGCUUGAUGGAAAUUGAGAAAAGGUUGAUCACCUGGGGCUACAGAGACAAUUGUGUGGAUAUAAGACUAGAGCGCGCCAAGAUAAAGAGAUUAUGUGCCCAGAACGAGAAAGACCAGGAGCAGAGAACCGCGUAUUACUUGGAGGCACAUGACUUAGUCCAGAGAGCUGUGGCCGAUGCAGAGGAGCUGUUCUGCAGCGUGCGAGCCUUACUGUCCCUGCAAGAGGUACAGAACGUCAACACGCCUCUGAGGAGGAGGCUGGCGCAGCUCCGACUCCACCUGGCGGAAGUGUCUCUGGACCUGCUGGAGCUCAUCUGGGCAGAGGCCCUGGCCCGCCAGUUUGAGCAGAGCCCCGUGGAGAAGCUGCUGCUCAGCUACCUGCAGAGCGUCAGUGACCACACCUCCGUCAGCUUGAAAUGGUUCACCCUGAAGCGGACCCUGGCCCACGUGGUGCUGGCGCAGCUGGGGGCCCUGCACUCGCCGCGCACCGGCCUCGCGGAGCUCCGCGCCCGGCAGCUGGGCCUGGCGGGGAGGGCCCUGCGCCUGCUGGCCGUGCAGGCGGACCCCGUGCGCCCCACCGUCUACUGGGAAGAGGGCCUCUCGGCAGGUGCUGAGCUGAGCGGCCAUAAGCCUCUGGAGACCAUUCUGGAGGACCAGGCCGGCGAGGAUCGCUGCAGGGACCCGGGACCCUCCAGGGCCGCCUCCCAGGAGCACGGCAGGAAGGGCUGGGAUCUGCAGAGAAAGAUGAAGCUGGCCCAGCGGUACCUGGCCCAGGCGUCCGAGGUGCUGCUGCAGUGCGUGCGGGUGGCCCUGGGCGGCUGCCUCCCGGACAUCGCGGCGGCCGCCAGCCUGGAGAUGGUGGAGUGCAGCGGCACCCUGGACCCUGUGGCCACCUGCCAGUUCCUGGCGCUGUCUCAGAGCUGCUCGGCCUCAGAGAUGAUGCGGGACGUGCUGUUCACGGCCACGGACGACACCGGCAGCUCACAGCUGGCGGCCCUGCUGCGGCUGGAGCACCAGCUGAAGCGGAAGGGGAGGACGUCCACCAACUUGUUCGCGAGCGUGAGGCAGAGGCUGGCGGUCAUUUCCAAGGCUUGGCAAAAUCUCUGGGUCACUGAGCAGCAUUUUAACCACCUGAAUGAAAUGCCGCCUACCUUUCGGAUUCUCUUUCUGCAGCACGGGCGGGACAGGACCCAUCUGUACGGCGCUGCCUACGAGAGACCCAGGUCCGUCCCUGUGGCCAAAGGGAAGAUGCUCCAAGCGGGCGGCUUCUGCAAGGUGGCACGGGUGGCCGUGAACCCAGCCACCUUCUCCUGCCUACUGGCCGAUGCCCAGCAGUUCCGGGAGCUGACCCAGGUGGAGGUGACCAAUGAGGACAUGGCCCUGAACUCAAGCACGGAAUUGGAAAAUGCGCCUCCUGAGAGGGAAGGACACUCUCUGCGGAAGUUUGGGGAAGUUCUGGCGUCCAUGGAGGGGUACCUGAGGCCGCUGUUUCCAGUGCUCGGCAGCCCUGAGGCCAGAACACAGGUGCCCACCGUUGUCGCGGAUUCAGGGAGACCAAAGGGCAAAGACAAGGAAAGGGAAGUGUCCCUGCCCCAGGUUGAGCCCGAGGCUGCGAACGACACCAUCCUCAUUGCGGACAGGCAUCUUCUGGAGCUGCCGCUGGAAGGUCUCUCCGUGUUUGAGGAAGGGGUGGACUCCGUGGCCCGAGAGUUUUCCCUGCAGAUGCUGUGGAGCCGCCUCCGUCGAGAGGAGACAGCCGACGGGGCCGUGAAGAAGGAGGGCAAAGGCAGACAGUUCAGGAAGAGAAAUACAGCUAAGAAGGGACACAAGGACGCUGCGCCCCGGCUCAUCCCCCCCGACUGCAUCGUGGUCGACCCCGACAACUUCAAGUUCAUCGUGGACCCCUACGAGGAGGCCCGGGUCAUAGACAUGCGGACUCCUGUCUCCGUAACCCGGGAAAUUUUGGAAAGAUUCCGAGACUCGUUCACUGCUCUGUGGGUGGGACAUCUGGGAAACACGCACUUCCCGAGCCAGGCCGAGUGGGAGCAGCUCCUGGGCAGCUGCAGUGGCUUUUUCUUCUACGGGAUGGAGAGCUUCCUGUCCCACGUAGCGGUGGAAAGGUUGGCUGCCACGAACCUACAAGGGUGCCAGAUGAUGGUCCUGCUGGACCUGACGAGGUCCUACGCGAGCAUGCAGCGGCACGCGGAGCGCUCGGACAGCAAGAGUGUGGCCCAGCUGUCCCUGGAGAGGCCCGUGGAGACUGCCGUCCUUCUGAGCCUGGUGGGGGUCAGGAGCAUCCUGGCAAACCAGUGGCCGACCUUCCUGCAGGACAACGCGCUGCGGGCCAGCGUCCUGUGGGAAAACCUGUUGACAGCCGGCAGGCCCAUCGGGAGGGCCGCCCAUCUCCUUCGGCGGACGGGAGCUGGGGACACGAACAACCAUGGUAACGGAAGCUGUUCCACAUCCCCGCUCAUCCUCUGCCACGCAGGGCCACCUCCCGGCCUGUGUCCCCGCCCCUCGUCUCUGCCAGUGUCCCUGCCCGCAGCCCCGCAGCCCCGCAGGCUAGGGCGUCUGCCUCCUGUCUCUGCACAGGCUGACAGCAGCCUCAGGGACGCCUGGUGUCCUAAAUCCUUAAGGGAGGCACCCUGGCCGUUAGAACUGCCCGUCUGUCUUUAGAACCGUCCAAGUCACAUAAGUUCUGAAAGCCCAGGUGUGCUCCCUGGGAGCGGGGGCCCCGGGACUUUGUUCUUCAGAGCAGACAGACACCCCUUCACACCUUCACGUAAGGUGCUGGGGCUGAAAAUAAACACGACACCAGCCAUAGCUCGAGCAGCGCGUUAAAGGAACAGUCUGCCGUAACUAGGAGAGGUUUAUCCCAGGGUGACUCACCACGAAGUCUUCAGACAAACAGCACGAGGGGUUACGUGGUCCCCGGUGCCCAGAACGCAGUGCCAAACGAUAAGCGCGGCUUCAGUGGAUGGAGGAGGGAGGGAGGGCCUGGCGUCAGCAGGUGCAUGAAGGUCGAUGGCGUCUAGAAAGAGCCGGUGGCGGAGGAGCCGCUGACUUGCGCUGGGGGCGGCAGGAGAGGAAGCCGUGGCUCCUGCGUGCUCCGUGGUCCCGCGUUGAUGCGCAUUGAAAGGAAGGGACAGCACCGUGAUUGUCAUGCACGCCCUGCCCCCAGUUAGUGGUGGCGGCCAGCUGGUGGCAGGAGGAGGCCCCGAGCUGCUGGAAGCUUCUGGACGCCUCGCACUCAGAGUGGGGAGGUGGUGCGGAGGGGACGGGGGGUGGGGACACUCGGUGUCCCGGGUGUGGGCGUGCGGCAGGGCCCGUGUUCAGGGCUACGUCUGGAGGCAGGGUCGGGAGCACCCCCGCCCCCCGCGUGCGUGAGCCUCUCUCGGGGCCCCGGGCGUCCUGCCCCCAGUGAGCUG